AUGGGUGCUUUGGAGCAGUUCAACUCGCAGGGGCACAUCUCGGCAGAGGCUCUGAUUCAGUCCCAUCCACCAAUCCACCUUUCCCUAUCCACCCCUGUGAGCCGUCAGAUCUGGGCAGCGUGGAAAGCAUCUGGUGACACGUGGCACACUCAGAGGGACUCUGUGCGCCUGAUAGUGUUUAACGCCGCCGUCCAGCUGGCACUGGACGAGUGCAUGAGGAGUGAGCCGUCCAAACUCCCCACCUCGGGCCCGUCAUUUCUGGUCGCCAUGGCAGAAGCUGUGAGCCUGGCCCCGCCUGCAGCUCUGGCAGCAGUGCCGGGUCUCACAAUCUCCCUAUCCCCCUCUGCUCCCCGCCCUGCAUGCAGCUCGCACCAGCCAUCCAAACUCCCUGCCUCGGGCCCAUCAUUCAUAGUGGCCAUGGCAGAAGCUAUGAGCCUGGCCCCACCUGCAGCACUCGCAGCAGCGCUGCGAGGAGUGGCGAGCAGAGUGACAGCAGGGCUCGUUGCCUGCAAUGUGAGUGCUUUGUGUUGUCUGUUUGCUGCUCCUUUGUGA